AUGUCGCGAGCUUCAAAACUGCAUACCCUUGCUAGACUUAACGAUACUACACUCGGUUUUUUCUCAAAUGUUCCAUCGUCUGAGACAUUAAAUCAUCUCGUGCGGUACCUCAGCACCUGGAGCGGUAGCGACAAGUUCUUUACGCUCAUACAAUAUACACUUAAACUGAUAGUGCCAUUCCUGCACUGGCGCGCACGGCUUCAGCACCGUGCCGGUAUCAGGAAAGAUGCGACGAGCAACGCUGCCCCUUCUCUGGCAAGUUUCACCAGUAUUAUUAGCGAUGCUAGAAUGCUGGGUAGAUUUUGGGGUCUUCUACCAAUCUUUCAGUGGAUGAUUUCCAUGGAGCGCAACCCCCCGCCAACUCGUACGUUGCACACUAUCGAGCGGCUUCAGGGAUGGUCCAUGCUUGGGUAUUACCCCCUUGAACAUCUUUAUUACCUGCGAGCCCAUAAUCUGAUUCCUACCUCUAUUCCCGCGCUUUCCGCUAUACUUGGUCGCAGCUCAAAACGCAUUUCAUUGAAUGGGAACAAGUUAAUCCUCUGGUCUUCCCGAUUCUGGCUACUCUACGUCGUGCUUCAAUUCGCCCACCUAAGAGAGGACAGAAAACUUCUGUUGACGAGGCAGAGGAAUUUAAGAAAAGGGAAAGGGUUAUCUGUUGAGGAUAAAGAGGACCUCCGAAAGCGAUGGGACUCUCUUGGGAAUGAAUUGGUGGCCAACGCUGCCAAUUUACCCUUGGCCCUUCAUUGGUCUCUGGAGAGUGGUAUCUUCGCAAAUGACAUCUGGGUCACCAUUUUCAGCCUCAUCAAUGGGAUCGCUACAUUCAGAGGCGGCUGGAAAGCAACGGCUCUUCCCUCUGUCAAAGCCGUUGCAUCCCCCGAUCCCUCGAACACUACUGAUACGGUAGAGGAUAUCAAGUAUUAG